AUGGAUCGCAAGUCCCCCUCGGCGGACCCGGCCCUUUGCGAGCAUUUGCUUUAUGCGAGUAGUGGAGCUCGCUCGUCCUGUCGAGGCGGCGAACGGCACUGCGACCGAGGUCGCGCAGGCCGGCACGGGCGAGUUCCCGUACAACGCCGUCACCGACUUCCUCGGCGACGACUCCAAGGGGCUGGUGAAGGACCCGGGCGUGGAUCUCGCGGCCCACCUCUCGGGCGAGCUCAACACGCACGCGGGCCAGGCCGUGGGGAAGGCGGACGAGUACGGCGGCCUCCUGAGGCAUCGCCGAUCCAUGCUGGGAACGACCUGGUCGUGGCGACCGUGCACGACUUCAAGACCGCGGUGGGUGAGCACGCCAAGGGCAAGCUCCAGGAGUCCGUCUCUGAGGUCAACUCGGCAGCAGAGGGCGGGGGCUCGUCCGUUGGCGUCAAGGAGAUCAAGCACGAGGAGGUGGUGCCGUCCCAGAAGAUGACCUCUGAGGGCGUGGAGGAGUUCGCGGCGACGCAGUUCGGCCUGCAGGCCAUCACCUUCAAGGAGGGCACCGGUGAGCUCAGCGACGAGUCGGAGGCGCGCGUCCUCCGCGAGUUCGUCGAGCCUCUGAAGGCGGCCAAGGGCAAGGCAGGCUCUGGCGCCCAGUUCCUCUUCUGCAUCUUCUACUCGACCACCGCCGGCGCCGACAACGUGAAGGAAGGCCUGAUGCAGCAGCGCGGCGAGGGCCUGGAGAAGAUCGUCACCAGGCACGCCGACGAGGUCCUCGGCUCCGGCAGCUACAAGGUCGGUGGCAAGUUCGAGGGGUACGAGUCGGAUCGCCUCGGCGCGAUAGUUUACAAGGUCACCAAGGGGGGUCAGGAGGCCGCAUGCUCCCCGCAGGACGCCCAGAUCGCGGAGUCUGGCAAAGUUGGCUGA